GUGUCGCACAGUAUCAAACAUAGAUGACGUAAUUUAUAUUAUGCUCGAUCAUGUUGUCAUGUUUUUCUUGUUAUAAUCACUAAUUACAUAAAUAUGCUGUCCUUUUUUCGGAAGUUAUCACUUGGCAGUAAGAUAAAGGAUGGUAUACUGCCGGAGGGAAUUAUGGGGACAGCGGAAGAUCUCUUAAUAGCGAAAAAUCAAAGCGCUCUGGUAUUAAAAUCGGAUACCGAGUUAAAAGAAUAUGUUUACGAUCUAUUGAGGACGAUCAAGGACCCAGAAAAACCACAAACUUUGGAGGAAUUAGAUGUCGUCUAUGAGGAAUGCAUAAACAUUUGCGAUAGCACACCAAGGGGAGUUUCCGUAAUUCGAGUGGAGUUUAAUCCUACAGUGCCUCAUUGCUCGCUAGCAACUCUCAUAGGAUUGUGCAUUCGUGUUAAAUUGGAACGUUUCUUGGUGGCAUCUUUUAAAUUAGAUAUCUAUAUAAAGAAGGGUGCACAUUCUACUGAAGAAGAAAUUAACAAACAGAUUAACGACAAAGAACGUAUUGCAGCUGCAAUGGAAAAUCCAAAUUUACGAGAACUUGUGGAGAAAUGCAUAUUAGAAGAUGACUAUUAGUGUGCUUCAUGUACACUAAUGUCGUAUAUAUGCUCAUUUAAGAUAAUGCAAUAGCGACAUAUCGGAUAUUUUUCCGAAAUACUAUUUUGCUCUGUAUUAUAUUGUGUAAAUAAAAAUAUAUUUUGUUUAUAUACAUAA